AUGCUUCACCCAAAAGUCUCCAUCGCGCUAUCAGCGCUUGCUCUCACCCCCUUCGCCGCCUCCACCACCUACCCAGAUUUCGUCCACCCCUCGAACGGCGACUGCAAAGAUUACAUUGUCAACAGCACCGUAACCUGGCCUCAACUUCAAUGGAAUCAAACCAUCUAUAAGAACAACUUCGAAGUCGUCGCCGUGCUGGCAAAAAUCGCUGAGCAGGGCAAAGUCCCAUUCAGCGCCUUCUCCGGCUCUAAGAAUGUGACAAUGACAUUCCAAACCGCAGGCACGUUCUGCAAGCCGAAGGUGCUGAAAGACGGUAAGGAGGACACGGUGCUAGUGGCUACGCACGGCGCGGGCUUUGAUCGACGCUACUGGGCCUCCUCCUACAAGCCAGAAGACUAUAAUUUCGCACAAUACGCUCUCGCCGCCGGGUACUCCAUCUUCUACUACGACCGCCUAGGCGUAGGCCACUCCUCCCGCCUCUCAGGCUACGAAGUGGAAGCAGGUCCACAAAUCGAGCUGCUGGCUUCUAUCCUCCGCUCUCUUCGCUUCGGACAUUAUACCCAGGACAUCAAGCCCUCCAAGCUCGUCCUCAUAGGCCACUCCUUCGGCUCCGCUAUCUCAAACAAUAUUCUAGGCCGAUAUCCCGACCUCGCGGACGCAGCUAUUCUAACGGGCUAUGCGUUUCCUAGUAUGGAAGAUCCAGCAUUUUAUACCAGCGGGCUAGGCUUGUCUGUGUUCGGCUCGCGUAUCGUUUCCACACUCCCGCCUUCCUCCAAGCCGCAAUUCGCAAACACUUUCGACGACGGAUGGCUCUCCUUCGUCGACAAAUUCGCCUUCACAGAGUCUUUCCUCGGCGGCGAAGACUACGAAGUUCCCGCGGCUGAGUACUCGUUCAAGAUCGCGCAGCCGUACUCCGCCGUCGACUUCCUCUCUGCGUUUGCGCAGAUGACUGUGGCGGACAAGUUUGAAGGUAAAGUACUGUUUGCGCCGGCGGAGAGGGAUUUGUUCUUCUGCGCGGGAGACUGCAAGGAUACAUAUGCACGGGGUGUGCAGGGGAGGGCGUUCCCGAAUAAUAAUACGGAGGUUUAUUUCCAGGAGGGGAGUGGGCACGGACAGAAUUUUGCGCUGAAUGCGAAGGAUAUGUAUGGGGAGGUUGUGAAGUUUGUGGAUAGUUUGUAA